GAAAAGCUUCUUGCAGAAGGGAUAUGAUUUUGCCCCUGAGGACUGCUUUAGCUGCAUCCCAGAAAUUUUGAGAGAACUUUUCCUUUGAGGACUGCUUUAACUACAGCCCAGAAAUUCUGGAUUUUCAUAUGUGCAUAAUGAUCAAGUUUUAAUUGAAAGAGAAGCAUAGCACAUUCCUCAUACAGCAUGGAACCGGUCUUGGCAGAAGGUGGGGAUCUUGAACGAAAUUUGCAUGUUGGUGAUGCCAAAGAUGUCCAUGGGCCAUCAACUUUGGUAACAAACAGUGAUGAUUCACACCUUCAGACCUCAGCAAAGAUGAAUCAGCGACAGGGAAAAGAAGCCUACCUAACUCCAACCAAAGAUUUGCUUCAGCCAUCUCUGAGUCCAGGAAGUGCUCACAGCCAGGGUUUUGAAAGAGGAAAGGAUGAUCUAUCUCAAAGUAGAGAAGAGACAUCACAUUCUAUGUCAAAAAGCAAGUCUGAAUCCAAACUUUAUAAUGGCUCAGAGAAGGAUAUUUCAUCUUCAAGCAAGCUCACCAAAAAGGAAUCUCUUAAGGUACAAAAGAAAAACUAUCGAGAAGAAAAGAAGAGAGCCACAAAAGAAUUACUCAGUACAAUCACAGACCCUUCAGUUAUUGUUAUGGCUGAUUGGUUGAAGAUUCGUGGUACACUUAAGAGCUGGACCAAGCUUUGGUGUGUGUUGAAACCUGGAGUGUUGCUGAUUUAUAAAACCCAAAAAAAUGGUCAGUGGGUGGGAACAGUGCUUCUGAAUGCCUGUGAACUUAUUGAGCGGCCAUCCAAAAAGGAUGGCUUUUGUUUCAAACUUUUCCAUCCUUUGGAACAGUCCAUUUGGGCAGUUAAGGGCCCAAAGGGUGAAGCAGUUGGAUCUAUAACUCAGCCAUUACCUAGCAGUUAUUUGAUCAUCCGAGCCACUUCAGAAUCAGAUGGCAGGUGCUGGAUGGAUGCUUUGGAAUUGGCUUUGAAAUGUUCCAGUCUUCUUAAACGCACAAUGAUCAGGGAAGGUAAAGAACAUGACCUGAGCAUGUCGUCGGAAAACACACAUGUGACUUUCUAUGGCUUGUUACGUGCUAACAAUCUCCACAGUGGUGACAACUUCCAAUUAAAUGACAGUGAAAUUGAACGACAGCAUUUUAAGGACCAAGAUAUGUACUCUGAUAAAUCUGAUAAGGAAAAUGAUCAUGAACACGAUGAAUCUGACAAUGAGGGAAUUGGGAAAAGUGAAGAAAGCGAUACAGAUACAUCAGAAAGACAGGAUGAUUCCUAUAUUGAGCCUGAACCCACUGAACUUCUGAAAGAGACUACUUAUACAGAACAGAGCCACGAAGAACUUGGAGAGGCAGGUGAGGCUUCUCAAACAGAAACUGUAUCUGAAGAAAACAAAAGUCUUAUAUGGACACUACUGAAACAAGUUCGUCCAGGCAUGGACCUGUCCAGGGUUGUUCUGCCUACAUUUAUCUUGGAACCUCGUUCUUUUCUGGAUAAACUCUCUGAUUACUACUAUCAUGCAGAUUUCCUCUCUGAGGCAUCUCUUGAAGAAAAUCCUUAUUUUCGCUUGAAAAGAGUAGUGAAAUGGUAUUUGUCAGGAUUCUAUAAAAAGCCAAAGGGAUUAAAGAAACCAUAUAAUCCUAUACUUGGUGAGACUUUCCGCUGUCUCUGGGUUCAUCCAAGGACAAACAGCAAGACUUUUUAUAUUGCUGAACAGGUGUCCCAUCACCCACCUAUUUCUGCCUUCUAUAUUAGCAACCGAAAGGAUGGGUUUUGCCUUAGUGGUAGUAUCCUGGCCAAGUCCAAGUUCUAUGGGAAUUCGCUAUCUGCCAUAUUGGAAGGAGAAGCACGUUUAACUUUUUUGAAUAGAGGUGAAGAUUAUGUGAUGACAAUGCCAUAUGCUCACUGUAAAGGAAUUUUGUAUGGCACGAUGACUUUGGAGCUUGGAGGGACUGUCAACAUUACGUGUCAGAAAACUGGAUAUAGUGCAGUACUUGAAUUCAGAUUAAAGCCAUUUCUAGGUAGCAGUGACUGUGUUAAUCAGAUAUCAGGGAAGCUUAAACUGGGAAAAGAAGUGUUGGCUACUUUAGAAGGACAUUGGGAUAGUGAAGUUAUUAUUAAUGAUAAAAAGACGGAUUCUUCAGAGAUCUUCUGGAAUCCAACUAGUGAAAUUAAGCAGCGAAGACUAAUAAGACAUACUGUAAAAUUUGAAGAGCAGGAACCAUUUGAAUCAGAGAAGCUGUGGCAACGGGUUACGCGGGCCAUAAAUGCCAAAGACCAGACAGAAGCUACUCAAGAGAAAUAUGUUUUAGAAGAAGCUCAAAGAAAGGCUGCCAGAGAACGGAAAGGGAAAAAUGAAGAAUGGGUCUGCAAGUUAUUUGAACUUGAUCCGAUCACAGGAGAAUGGCACUACAGAUUCUCCGAUACCCGGCCAUGGGAUCCUCUGAAUGAUCUGAUACAGUUUGAAAAAGAUGGUGUCAUCCAAACUAAAGUCAGACACCGGACGCCAAUGGUUAGUGUUCCAAAAAUGAAGCAUAAGCCAAGCAGGCAACCGAAGAAAGUAGUAAAAGGUUAUUCCUCACCAGAACUUGAUAUCCAGGACUCCUCUGGGAGUGAAGCUCAAGUUGUAAAACCAAGUUCAAGAAGAAAGAAGACAGUAGAUCUUGCAGACCUGCAGAGUUCCAUUGAAUCUAUAAAACAAACACAGGAAGAAAUUAAAAGAAAUAUUAUGGCUCUACGAAAUCAUCUUAUUUCAAGUUCAACUGCCACAGACUAUUUCCUACAACCGAGAGACUACUUCAUCAUUUUCCUGCUGAUUUUGCUACAGAUCAUAAUAAACUUCAUGUUUAAAUAGAAUUCCUUAUAUAAUUGAAUCAGUGAGAUGGAAGGAUUAGAUUUAGCCUGGGACCAUUUUUCAAGUUGGUUUGGACUUUAUUCAAACAAUGCAAUAUUUCUAAAAGAAUCUUAGAGAUAAAUCUAGAAGUUUUGACCUCUCAUGCCUUGUAUCCUUAACCGGAACAAGACCUGUCCUAUCUGGUUAACGUGAAAAUUGCGUAAGUGCCAGAAUAUUUCUUGUUUUUAUCCAUGUGUGUGCAUCUGUGCUGGUGUACAGUGCAUAUCUACACAGGUCCUGUAGGCAUUAGUACCUGACAGUAGUCAUGUAGUAUAUAGUAAUGUUCCAAUCUGUAGUCAUACAGUGUUGUUAACAAAAAUGCUGUUAAGUUUGUAAAACUAUGUACAGUGAUCGGUUUUCUUCAUAAAAACAGGCACAAAACUUUUAUUGAUAAGAACUUACAAUAUGGGGAAAAAUAGAGAAAUAGUUAUACCUAAUGAAUUUUCCGUACUGUACACACAUCACUUCCAAAGGAUCUAAUUUUUCUCUCUCUCUUCUUAGAAACUUAAAAAGGAGAACAUGUUGAUGGUCCAUAACACACACACAUACAUAAACAUACACACACACAUGCAUACACAUAUGUAUAUAUGAAAAUGGUGACAUUGGAUCAAAACCCAAAUUUACAUGAAGGAUUGUGUGUAUGUGUGGACCCUUAACAUGUUUAAUGUAAGUAACUUUUGGUAUGGAUAUGUUUAUGUAUGUACAUAUAGAAAAGUCCACCUUCUUCUCUGUGUCUAGUAAUGACCUUUGUAUCUUUCUUGUCAUGCUUUAUGAUGGCCCCUUGAGCACAUCCUAGAAAAUAUUUCUGUAAAUUUAUUUCUUUAAGCAAGACCCGCCAAUGUUCAUGGCCUACCACCACUUCCACCAUUAUGAACCUAGUUUAAGAAUUUAAAGAGAAUUUAAUUUCAUUAUAGUAAAUUGGAAGAAAACUGGUUUGGGUAUUAAAUUACCCUUCCUAUCUGAAUUUUUUUAAUGUAUUCCCUAGAACUCAGAAAUGACUGCUGUCUGUGACCUUACAUAGCCUAUAGCGAUUUAAGUAGUUUAUGGAACAGAUGAAAAAUGAGAUAAUUCAUGUUAUUUCAUCAGUAAUUGGCUUGUUUUAGGAAUGGUUCUUGAACUUUUAUUUAUACCUUAAACUGUUUAAUGGUUAAAGAGCACAGAAAACUAUAAUUACCUUAAAUAUUUUUACUUCAAAAGCCAAAAGGAAGUGGAAAAUGAGAAAUAAUGGUCUGGAUGUAUUUCUGCAAAUUUUUAAAAAUCACUUAUAAGAUGCAUAGCAGUGCUACAUACCUAAAAAGAGUUCAGGAACUUAAACCUUUAUUUUCCCUUUAUAUUAUUAGUAAUUUAAAAUCCAUGUCAGUCACAUUGCUGUAGGAUCCUGUUUUGUUUAAAGCUCCAUGAUACAAACUAAGAUAAUUUAGCUUUUUAAUUAAAAAUGUUGGGCUUUUUUUUUACAUGCUUUUUAUAGUCUUUAAAAGCAAUUUUUGUGUAUUACUUCAACAUCUAAUAUUAUAAAAGAUUUUUAUAGUGCUGAAAAUACAGAUUCUGAGACUUAUUGGUAAUAAGGGCAGAGAUAAGACUCAUUCUCAUCAAGUUUUCACCUUAACAAAAUAAAAACUACAUGCCAGCAAGAACAGAUAAAGAGAUGUAUGGCGAAUUAUGAAAACUGAGUAGGCUACAUUUUACUACUGAUCUAAGUAUCCUAAAUAGAAUGCUUAGGUAAUAUGAAUCCUACAUACAUAGGAAGAUCCAAUUUCUCAUGCAUAAUUAGCAAAAUCAGUAUAUCCAUUUAUUCAAUUGGAAAUAAAUAGGUAAAGACAGAAGGUUACCUGUAUUGGGGGCAGCUAGGUGGCGCAGUGGAUAGAGAACCGGCUCUGGAAUCAGGAAGACCUGAGCUCAAAUCUGACCUCAGACACUUAACACUAGUUGUUUGACCCUGGGCAAGUCACUUAACCCCAAUUGCCUCACCAACCCCCCCCCCCCAAAAAGUUACCUGUAUCAAAUAUUUUCAUGUUAGAAACCACAAUGCUGCAACCUAUACUUUGAAUUUUCUCCAUUUAUUCAUUCCACUGCCAUGUUUAGCCUUCAUCUACAUAUCUGUUGGGGUGUAUAAUAAAAUGCUAUUUUAUAAACAAAUGUUGGCAAUUUAAAAAACUAUUUAAAUGAGUACUGCUAUACAUAUAUUACUUUACCUUCACAUUUCAAUUGCAGUUUAAAAUUGAAACAUUUUUGUUGAUGACCUGAUGGUGGUAUGUGGUUGGUGGCCAGAUCUAGUUUUCUGUUUUUAUUCUUCUGUUUGUAUAUAAUUGUUAAGAUAUAGAUGUGCUGGAAAAAUGUCCCUGUUUAAUCUAAAAGGUGGUUUUCUGCUUCCUUUCUUUCUUACUCCAAGUUAUAUGACAGAUCUGAUAUAGGUUCAAUUCCUAAUUAAGGAGUCAGAGAAUAUUUCAUGGAACUUACGAAAGUAAAAAUAACAGCAAGAUUUUUCAUGACUGUUUUAUUACAUGCUUAAAAGCACAUAUCUAAUCCAAUAUUUCCUAAUGUUUUUAGUCACAUGAAGUUCCUUUCUGUGAGCUGAAUACGACACUCAGGAAUUGGUGGCUUAGUAUUAGACCAAUGCUGGUAAUAGGCUUGGUAUAUGAAUCCUUUUAAACACAUAAUUAACUUUGUAUUUAGCCAUAACAUGUCGUUGACUUUGAAUGUCCUUUACUUGAGAGUAAUCUGUUUUUCUUCUACACAUUGAUUCAUGAAAAACUGUGAUUGUAUAGUUUGCAGUUGUCUAGGUUGGAGGAUUAAACUCCUUAAGACAUGUUUUCUUAUUCCAGUACUCUCUUUUCUCCAUAGAAAUUUAGAGAAGUGGUGUUUUUGUUUUUAAAUGUUAACCUUUAAUUUUCUUUUAGUGAGAUGUAUUUGGCCUAUCAAAAGAGAGUAUAUGAGUCAUGUGAAAUGUUAAGUAUAGUUACAGCAAUAGAUAAUUUUUCUUAUAUUUCACAUGUCACUACUUUUUUUGCAGCACUUAUAAAGGUACAGUAUAGUUUUAUUCAUAUUAGCACAAAUAGCCAUGUGCAUCGCAUUGGAUUUUGCCUUGUAAAAUAUAGCAUUCAUGUAAUAUUUAUGCUUUUGUGCCUCUAGGAAAUCUUUUUGCCACUUGUAUUUACUGGGACAAAAUCUAAAUUCAAAGUAUUUGUUAACAAUUCAGUAGACUUUUUUUUUUUCUUAAAAGGGUCACUGUCACUCUUUUCUUUUAUAAAUAUAUUUAAACAGUAAUGCUGUACUUUUAUAAGGGUUUGUCUAAUUACUGUACUUAAAGUAUGUCCUCCACUCUUCAGACAUCACAGAAAUCGAUUUGUCAGAUUAUUUCUGAGUAUUGUAAACAGUGCCUUUUUGAUGAAUUCACACUGUUUGGGGAUGUAUAAAGAACUUGUCAAUUUGUGCCAUAUAUACAUUAUAAAAAAAACAACUUUUGUGGGAGGCAGUUACUUUUAACUUUUUGAAAACUAUCUCACUCUUAGUCAGAUAUCUAAGGAAACAAAUGUAUACAAUUCCUUUUUUUUCUAGUUUUUAGUAUUUCUACUGAGUAGUAAACAUCUGUGCUGUUUGUUUUCUAUACAGUGAAGGUAUAAUGCAUUGUGGCAUUAUUGAAGAGCCAUAAAUGACAUCAUAGAUUAUUUUGAAUUCAUUAUGUUAAAUAUGCAAAAAAUUAAACUUAACAUUUAGACCUAAAUUGACAUUUUAAACCAUCUCAAAAAAGCAUAGAAACUAAUACGUUUACAUUUCAACUUUUGUUUAACCGGGAAAAUGAUUCUUUAAAAUGCAUAGCCUGCCACUAAUAUGUACUUUUAUUUCAUUUUGUUCUAGCUAGAGAAUGUCAUAUUGGCAUUUUUUAUUUUCUCUUUUGUUACUUUUAACAUAUUGCUUGUUUUUGUACUGUUACAUUUUUAAAUUGAAAAUGGACUGUUAAAAGUUGUAUAGGACCAGUGUCUCAUUAAUCUGAUUAAUAUAUAUAUAUAUACAUAUAUAUAUUUAUACAAAUAUGAGUAUAAAUAUAUAUAUAGGUAUAUAGAAGAGCCACAAAGAAACCCAUGACAAAAUGAAUGUGAAUGUUCUUCCUAAAAUAUUUAUUUAGAAAAAUGAUUUCAUGUUUCUGCGUCUAUCAUGUAAAAUUAUUUUAGUGUCACAUUAUUGAGAAAGUUAUUUAAAGAAAAAACGUAAUGUAACAUUCAAGAUAAUGAGCCACAAAAAUUCAGUUGGAGUUUCCACUGUAUGGCAUGCUAAGUGUAAACCCAAGUCAAACAUCUUGUUAAUGGCCAUUUGUAAAUUAAAGCACUACCACUGGUCAAUAGUUUUGUAUGAUUAAUAGAAUAAAGAGAUGUUAUCUGCA